CAAAACCAAAUGAUCCACACAAACAUCCAGUAAAUGGCCAAAAUGCAGCUCUGAUUCCCCGUGUUCUCUGCCCCCCUCUCCAGGUUCAGCGCCAAGGAUCGCACCGCGGGGAGUGCUAAGUUGUGGCUCCGUGUGUGCAUUUGCGAGGUCUGAGCACUCCGAUGGCAGAGCUGGUGGCCACCAUGGUGGUGGCGCCGCUGCUGUCCAUGGUGAAGCAGAAGGCGUCCAGCUACCUGCUUGACAAGUACAAGGUGAUGCAGGGCAUGGAAGAGCAGCACAGGGUGCUCAAGCGCAAGCUGCGUGCCAUCCUGGACGUCAUUGCCGACGCCGAGCAGGCGGCGUCCCACAGAGAUGGUGCCAUGGCAUGGCUGGAGGAAGUCAAGAGGGUAGCCUACGAGGCAAAUGAGGUCUUCGACGAGUUCAAUUACGAGGCGCUCCGCCGAGAGGCCAAGAAGAACGGGCACUACAGCAAGCUGGGCUUCGAUGCAGUGAAGCUCUUUCCCACCCACAACCGUUUUGUGUUCCGUGACAAGAUGGGGAAGAAGCUGUGUAGGAUUGUGCAGGCCAUCGAGGUCCUUGUGGCUGAGAUGAACGCCUUUGGGUUUAAAUAUCAGCAACAAGCACCGGCAUCCAAGGACUGGAGGCACACGGAUCAUGUUAUCUUCGAUCCAAAGGAAAUCAUCAGCAGAUCGAGAAGCCAAGACACUAAGAAUAUUGUUGAUAUGCUAGUUGGUCAUGCUAACGAUGAAAAUCUCAUGGUUAUUCCCAUCGUUGGGGUAGGGGGGCUAGGCAAGACCACCUUAGCGCGGCUCAUUUACAAUGAACCUGAAAUUCAGAAGCAUUUCGACUUGUUGAUAUGGGUUUGUGUCUCUGACAGCUUUGAGGUGGAAUCCUUGGCUAAUAAUAUUGUUGAAGCAGUAACUCCCAGUAAAAGUACAACCGAAGCAGCUUCCAAGAAAAGGCCACUGGAUAGGCUUCAAGAUGGACUAAGCGGACGUAGGUACCUUCUUGUAUUGGAUGACGUAUGGAACCGAGAGAGCGAUAAGUGGGAAAUGCUCAAGGCUCGGCUUACACAUGGUGCCAAGGGUAGCGUGGUUCUGACAACUACUCGCGAUGGAGGUGUCACAAAAAUAAUGGGUUCAGUGAAACCCUACGAUCUCGCAGAGUUGGAGGAUCACUUCAUAAAGGAAAUUAUCGAAACGAGAGCAUUCGGUUUGCAGAAGGAAGAAGAAAGGCCUGCCGAACUAGUGAAAUUGGUUGGUGAUAUUGUGAAGAGAUGUCGUGGCUCUCCUUUGGCCGCAACAGCACUGGGCUCUGUGCUGCGUACAAAGACCAGCAAAGAAGAGUGGAAGGCUAUAGCAAGCAGAAGCAACAUUUGCACUGAGGAGUCUGGAAUAUUACCAGUACUCAAGCUAAGCUAUAAUGACUUGUCAUCGCAGAUGAAGCAGUGCUUUUCUUUCUGUGCUGUGUUUCCCAAGGAUUAUGAAAUUGAUGUGGACAAGCUGAUCCAGCUAUGGAUCGCACAUGGCUUUAUUCAGGAACAAAAAGAAGUCCGUCCUGAGACAAUUGGCCAAUGGAUUUUCAGUGAGCUGGCCUCAAGGUCAUUUUUUGUGGAUGUGAAAAAAGUCCGAGUCUCAUUUAACGAGCUCUGGGGGAUGCAUAAUUAUUCCAAACAUACAUGUAAAAUCCAUGAUCUGAUGCAUGAUGUUGCACUAUCUACAAUGGAAAAAGAAUGUGCUCUCGCACCUGAGAAACCAGGUCAGACUGAUUGGCUUCCAGAUACAGCUCGCCACUUACUUUUGUCUUGUGAAGAACCAGAAAUUAUUUUGAAUGAUUCUCUGGCGAAAAUAUCUCCAGCAAUCCAGACUCUUCUGUGCGAUGGGAAAAUGGAACAUUCACUGCAGCAUUUAUCAAAAUACAGCUCUUUGAAGGCAUUACAACUCUUCACAUUGAGAAGCUCAUUCCCCUUGAAAUCAAAGCAUCUGCAGCACUUAAGGUACCUUGAUCUCUCAAAUAGUGAUAUCGAAGCACUUCCUGAAGAUAUAAGCAUUCUAUACAAUCUGCAAACAUUGAAUGUCUCUGGCUGCUAUGCACUUCGUCGGCUUCCAAGGCAGAUGAAGUAUAUGACUGCCCUCCGUCAUCUCUACACUCAUAAUUGUCCAAAGAUGAGGAACAUGCCUGGUCAUCUCCGAAAACUCAUUUCACUACAGACACUUACAUGUUUUGUAGCAGGUCCUACUGGCUCUGAGUGCAGUUCUGUUGGAGAGUUGCAACAGUUAAACCUUGGUGGUGAGCUACAGAUACAUCGACUAGAGAAUGUGACAGAAGAAGAUGCAAAAUCUGUGAAUCUCCAAAACAAGAAGGAACUCCGAGAAUUGACAUUAAAAUGGACCUCCGGUUGUUGUGGUGGUGAAAGAGUGCUUGAGGGUCUAGAACCUCAUGAUGCGCUGCAGGCUAUAAGGAUAGAAUCCUACGGAGGCACCACCUUUCCAACAUGGAUGGCUAUGUCACAAAACAUGGUUGAGAUCCAUCUUUCUGAUUGUAAAAAACUUCAAUGGUUAUUCAGUUGUAGCACAUCGUUCACUUUUCCAAAUCUGAAGGAGUUUACACUACAAGGUCUGGAUUGUUUGGAAGGAUUGUGGGAAACAACAAAUGAGCAACAAGAGAUACUGUUUCCUCAGCUUGAGAAGUUGUGUGUUACAGAUUGUCCAAAGCUGGCAAUGAAUGCUAAAUCGCCAAAGCUGACCGUGUUAGACUUUGAGGGAGGUGAGGAAGAGAUAUCCCUGUGGGUAGCUAGAUAUAUGACUUCAUUGACCAAUCUAAAGCUGCAGAACCGUAAAAACACGGAAACAACCUCGGUAGCGGUGGAUGAUCAUAGUUAUACACAAGUGGUGAACGCCAGGGGAAAAUGGAAUCAUCAUGAUUUCCCUCUAGCAGAUCUGGAUGUAAUUGGCUUCAAGUCGGGUGUAACUGAGCUAUGUGCAUGUUUUAAACAGCUUCAACAGUUGAGGAUUAAAGAUUGUGCUGCCCUUGUCCACUGGCCAGAGAAAGAGUUUCAAAGCUUGGUAUCCUUGAGGACUCUAGUGAUUUUGGACUGCAAGCAACUAGUUGGAUACGCACAAGCUCCUGCUGCUGAGCCAUCAACAGUAUCGGAACCCUCGAGUCAGCUCCUGCCAUGUCUCGAGUCUCUCGAGAUAUGGGAUUGUGAAAGCAUGGUAGAUGUCUUCAAACUCCCUGCAUCCCUGAGGAAUAUGACAAUUAUUGAUUGCAGUAAGCUCAAGUCCAUAUUCAGCAGGAGUCUGCAGCAGCAGGGAGAGUCAGCAUCAGCACCAUCGAUUCUUCAUGGGUCACCUCUACAUUCAGAGGUCUUAUCACCAUCAUCAGCCGUAGCCAGGGUGGAACAUUUCCCCUGUCCAUGUUUAGAAGGGAUAUACAUAUCAGGAUGUGAGAGCUUAACAGGGGUCCUCAGUCUUCCCCCAUCCCUCAAGUAUAUUAGUGUUUCUCGGUGCUGUGAGUUGAGAUUAGUGGAAUCUCACUCGGGAGAGUUCCCAUCACUGGAGGGCCUCCACAUCCGGGAUUGCAAGACCCUGUCAUCCGUACCAGAUGGGCCGCAAGCAUACGCAUCUCUCAGGUAUCUAAGGAUUGAAAACUGUCCCGGCAUAAAGAGGCUCCCUGCAGGCCUGCAGCAGCGUGUAAGCAGCCUUGAGGAUAAAGAUCUAGAUGCCCGCUAUCAAGACUCAGAUUCAGAUAGUGAGCGAGGAGGUUCGGAGCAGAUGUUCCUGUGGGUUUCAUCCACCAAUCUACAAGUGCAGAACCAUCAAGACAAGGCGGCGGCGGCGACGGCGACGAUGGCGGUUGAUCAUAGUCGUCUGUUUGACACAAGUGGUGGACAUCAACGGCAAACAGCUGCAUGUAUGAAGCAUCAAGUCUUUGGAUUUGCCCACAAGUCCUCCAAGGUUACAUUGCUCUACCUGCCAUGCAUCUCUCAAGUUUGGUCGGUUGGUGUUGAGGCUGCAUUCACGGCCUUGGAUUUCAACCCCGUUUUGGUCUCUCACGAGGCUGCCGUCCACAACACCAGCUGGAAAGUAAAAAAAAAAAUGGAGGCGACGGCCAUCAGCAUCGGCAAGUCCGUGUUGAGCGGCGCGCUCAACUACGCCCAGUCGGCUGUGGCCGAGGAGGUUGCUCUGCAGCUUGGUGUCCAGCGUGACCAAUCCUUCAUCAAGGGCGAACUCGAGAUGAUGCAGUCAUUCCUGAUGGCUGCGCACAACGACCGAGACGACAACAGUGUGGUCAGGACUUGGGUGAAACAAGUCCGGGACGUGUCCUACUCUGUCGAGGACUGCCUCCUGGAUAUUGCUGUCCGUCUGGAGAAGCAGUCUUGGUGGUGUCUCUCUCGCAAGCUGCUAGCUCGGCGUUAUGUGGCAAACCUGAUGAAGGACCUCAGAGCUGAGGUGGAGGAGGUCAGCCAGAGGAACCAACGCUACCACCUCAUCAAGGGCUCUAGCUCCAAGCCUACCUCCGUUGUUGGGCAGCCUACCAUCUCCAGUGCGACCAUGUCUGCCGCCGACGAUGCAAGGCUGCGUCGGCAUAAAGCAAAAGUGGAUCUUGUCAAGUUGAUCAAUUGCGGGGAUGAUGCACUCCGAGUGAUAGCGUUGUGGGGCAGAAGUAGCACUGAUUCCGGGGAGUUAUCCAUUAUAAAAAAUAUCUACGAAGAUCCCAUGAUACAAAACAAUUUCGAUUGUUGUGCCUGCAUCACAUUGAUGUGUCCGUUCAAUCAGACAGAUUUCAUUCAAAGUAUUGUUAGGCAAAUAUACGAUAAUUCUUUUCAAGAGACAGGAGAAGGAGGAAAAACAACCAUUGGGGCCCAAGUUUUGAAGACGAUGGUGACGCCGAAAGAAGAUGAUGGUUUGGCUCAUGUGUUCAAGAGAUAUUUGAAUGACAAGAGUUAUCUAAUUGUAAUCAAAGAAAUACACACCAUGGGAGAGUGGGAUUGCAUCAAAACAUGUUUCCCAGACAACAAGAAAGGAAGCCGAAUCAUAGUAUUCACUGAGCAGGUUGAAGUUGCAAGCUUAUGCAUGGGAGCAGAGGAUGAAGCUCUUGUGCGUAAGAAGCUAUUUUCUGAUCGGUCUCUUUAUGCUUUCUACAAGAAGGUUGACAGCUCUGCACACAAGAACAUUAUCACUCGCACAGAGGCAAUAGCUACUCUAGAGGAAUCUCGUCUCAUUGGGAGAGGGAAUGAUAAAGAAGAAAUCAUCAAACAGAUCAGAAAUAGAGAUCUGCAGCAAUUUCAUGUGAUCUCCUUAUGGGGAAUGGGUGGUAUUGGAAAAACCACACUAGUGAGAGAUAUCUAUCAAAGCCAAGAGAUUAGUAGCAUGUUUGAUAAGCGUGCUUGUGUUACAGUCAUGCGUCCUUUCAGUUCAGAAACAAUCCUUGAGAGCUUAACUAUGCAAUUCAUAGAUAACAAUGAGAGAGAUUUAAGGGGAUGUUUAGAAGGAAAGAGAUAUUUGCUUGUUCUUGAUGAUCUGUGGUCCAUUGGAGAGUGGAAUGCUAUAAAAAUGUAUUUGCCAGAAACGGCAGCAAGCUGCGUAAUAGUCACCACAAGGGAAGAGAAUAUUGCCAAGCACUGCUCAAAGGAUGAUUUAAACCUAUACAAGCUGAACCAACUGGGCCCUGAUGACGCAUGCACCCUCUUCACCAAAAAGGUAUUUAAGGAGACCGUAAAUUUGGAUGAGCAAUAUCCUGAGAUGGCUGAACAAGCAAAACUGAUAUUGAAGAAGUGCAGAGGACUUCCCCUUGCAAUAGUCACCAUAGGUGGCUUCUUGGCAAGCCAACCAAAAACUGCUUUUGAAUGGAGAAAAUUGAACGAGCAUAUCAGUGCUGAGUUUGACAUGAAUCCAGAACUUGAGACCAUAAAAGCAGUCCUUAUGAAAAGCUAUGAUGGUUUACCCUAUUACCUCAAGGCUUGCUUCUUGUAUCUGGCUAUCUUUCCUGAAGACUACAUGAUUGUACGGAGGCGCUUAGUGCAUCGGUGGAUUGCAGAGGGUUACUCAAGUGAGGUGCGUGGCAAGUCAGUCGAGGAAGUAUUGGACGGUUACUUCAUGGAACUUAUAAGCAGGAGCAUGAUCCUGCCAUCUCAACGAUCAGUUUAUAGUAGGAAAGGAAUUGACUCCUGCCAUGUCCAUGAUCUCAUUCGUGAAAUUGCCAUCUCAAAGUCUAUGGAGGAAAAUCUUGUUUUCACAUUGGAGGAAGGGUGCAGCUUGAACAAUCAAGGCACGGUGCGUCAUCUUGCUAUAAGCAGCAAUUGGAAGGGGGACCUGUGUGAGUUUGAGAAUAUAGUAGACUUGUCCCAUGUACGAUCACUGACAGUGUUUGGAAAUUGGAGGUCAUUUUACAUUUCUGAAAAGAUGAGGUUGCUACGAGUGCUGGAUUUGGAAGACGCAAGCGGUCUCGUUGAUCAUCACCUUCAGCAUAUUGGGAAACUUGUACACCUAAAAUAUCUCUCUCUGAGGGGUCAUAAUAGCAUAUUUCACCUGCCAAAUUCGUUGGGGAACCUGAGACAACUUCAGACACUAGAUAUUUCAGCUACAAGCAUAAUGAAGCUACCAAGGACCAUCACCAAGCUUGUGAAGAUGCAACGAAUUCUUGCUAGCAACGUAGGAAGGAGACAUUAUGAUAUAUAUGUACAUGCAGAUAAUCAGUCGCUAAUGAGUUUGCCUUCACAGUCUGCGAUUUGUUGUCUUGCAUGUUGUGCACCUAAUCGUCUCACAGAGAAUAGUGUAGUUGGGGAUAAAGCACCAAUUAGCAGGCGUGAUGUAUGCACUGCAUUCUGUUGCAGCGUAUUACCUUAUUAUGCGGCAGGAGGACGAAAUCCAGGUGGUGUUGAAGUACCAAGAGGGAUUUGGAAGCUGAAGGCCCUGCACACACUGCGUACUGUGGACGUCUCAGUGGGGAAGGUUGUUCUACAAGAUAUAAGAAAGCUCACCCGGUUGCGCAAGUUAGGAGUGAUUGGCAUCAGCAAGAGAAAUGGUCAAGAGUUGUGUUCAGCAAUUGCUCGUCUCAGCAGCCUGGAGUCAUUGUCACUCCAGUCAUCCGGAGAGACAGGUUUACGAGGCUGCUUGGAUGGCCUGUCAUUACCUCCAGAACACCUGCAGAGCCUCAAGUUGAAAGGUAAGCUUGUUAAACUGCCGGAGUGGAUCAAGGGCCUAAAAAAUCUAGUGAAGCUGAAGCUAUUGGGGUCGAGGAUAUCUGAGCAUGAUGCAGCCAUACACGUCCUUGGGAGUCUACCAAACCUGGCCACCCUACGUCUAUUGUCUAACUCGUUCGUUGGUGAAGAGGUCCGUUUCAGUUUCUGCCGGGAGGCAUUCCCUAGCCUGAAGGUGCUGCAGCUGGAUUGGUUAAGAAACCUCAAGUCGGUGAGAUUUGAAGAAGGAGCAGCCCCUAAGCUUGAGUUGCUGCAGUUUGGUGAUUGGAUCUUUCCCAGUUUGUUAUGUGGGUUAACAUAUCUCCCAAGCCUCAAAGAAUUUAUGCUGUAUAGGGGGUACUGGAAUUAUACUGAUUUCGUGGAGCACUUGCGAGGCCAGCUGGCAGAGAACAUAAACAAGCCCGUUCUGAAGAGUUGGGACGGAGGAUAUAAGGUGCACGGUGGGAUAUUGCUGUACUAUUGAGUUUAUGCAUAAGCUAGCAAAUGGCUUUGGUUUUGUUAAUCCGUCACGAUUCAUUGAUUUGUAUAUGUGUCUAUUUGUGUGAGCGCUGUUGAGCCAUGAAAGAGUACAUUUUCGUGUGAUGUUUUAUAUACGAAACGGAGCAGGUGCUGCUGAAAAACUGUCUCCCAUGGCUAGCUAUAUAUAUAUAUUGAUUAACAAUAAGAGGAUUCGACCGAUUGCAGUA